UCUUCCGGCGCGCACGCGGGAGCCCCACCGGCUGUGAGGGCUUCCCCCGCUAUGGAGCCUGAGGCGGCGGGCACCGAGGGCGGCUUCACCAGCGUCUCCUCCAAGCGGAGCCGGCGGAAACGGCGGGCGGCAGGCGGGGAGGAGGCGGAGGGUUCCGCCAUGGAGACCGAGGAGCCGCGGCCCAGCAAGAGGCCGGCCUUCCCGCCGGUGUCCGCUGAGGCGCUCGGGGUUGGGAAAGGCGAGCUGCGGAAGGUCGCCGUGCCGGCCAACAGGUACACGCCGCUGAAAGAGAACUGGAUGAAAAUCUUCACGCCCAUCGUGGAGCACCUGCAGCUUCAGAUCAGGUUCAACUUGAAAACGAGGAACGUCGAAAUCAAGACUUGCCAAGAGACAAAGGAUCUCAGUGCCCUAACGAAAGCAGCUGAUUUUGUGAAAGCGUUUAUACUUGGGUUCCAAGUAGAGGAUGCUCUUGCUCUGAUCAGAUUAGACGAUCUUUUUCUAGAAUCGUUUGAAGUUACAGAUGUCAAACCUCUGAAGGGAGAUCAUCUGUCAAGAGCAAUAGGCAGAAUAGCAGGAAAAGGUGGAAAAACAAAAUUCACUAUAGAAAACGUAACCAGGACACGAAUAGUUCUUGCUGACACGAAAAUUCAUAUUUUGGGAUCUUUUCAGAACAUUAAAAUGGCACGAACAGCAAUUUGCAAUCUAAUUUUAGGAAGCCCUCCAUCAAAGGUUUAUGGCAAUAUUCGGGCAGUGGCCAGCAGAGCAGCUGAGAGAUUCUGAGCUCAGAGCAGCUGCUCCACCAAGGACUGGGCUGAGGGUCUUGGUCGCUGUAGGCACAGAGGCCUUGGAGCUCCACAAGCACUCAAGUCUUCUGCUCAGUUUGGAAGCCCAGAAGGAAACGGACUGUUUGUGCAGUUAAUUUGCUGCAGACACGCUGAUUUGAACACACUUAAUAUUUGUGUAUAGUCAUUAAAAAGGUUAUUUUAAAUUGGUUGUGUCUAUAUUAGAAGUAUGGAUACCUGAUUUUACUUAAACAUCCUCAAACAAAAACGUGCUUCGUUACUGAUGAAUGUUGAAGUAUUAAAGAUACUGCUUUGAGGACUUUG